UUGACGUGGUCGGUCGUUCGGUGAGUUGGUUGGUUGGAUGGUUUUGGUUCUGGUUUCCCAGUAGUAGACAUUCGACGAGGACAUACGACGAAGUGCUCUGUGCUGCUGUUGCUGCUGCAAGUUGUUUAAAAAAGAUGUAGAAAUAAAACAAGCACAUAAAAUAAAAAAAGGAACUUCAAAGCCAGUCCACCACACCAGCCUCCUUGGAAAAUUGUGUCUCGCGCGAGAAAAGUUUUUGUCGGUUGCUAAGGGGAUUUUUUUUGUUCAUGUCGGUAUCGGUAGUCGGUAGAAUACUCGUUUUGCGCGGCGUAUAGGAGGCAGGAGAUUUAGCAAAAAAAUGGCGAAAAUUUUACAAAAAAGAUAUCGUGGUAGAAGAAAUAUUCAUCACCAUCAUCACAUCUGUAUCAAUGCGGUGGCCGUAAGAAAAAGUAGUAGGUAGUGCGCGUCUACACACUCACUGAAAAAAAAAACAGAAAGAAAGCAAAAGGAGAGCUUUUAAAUAUUAUAAAAUGCGCUAAGUUUUCUCGUUAUGAAAAUUAAUUGUUUGUUAAGUGUAUUUGAAUGAUAACGAGACGAUAUUACAAUCGCCGAGGAACAUACGACCAAAACCAAGACGCCGCCGAUGACCAGCAACAUUUUUCAUUAAUAAAUCCACACAACGAGGAGGCACGAAAAAAGAAAUAAAUUAUCCAAAAAUAAUGUCGUCCUGCACACAAAAUGGCAGUAAUCGCGAAUUUGUCGAAGGCUGGACACUUGCGCAAACUCUCGGUGAAGGUGCUUAUGGCGAAGUAAAAUUGUUGAUAAAUCGGCAAACCGGCGAAGCUGUUGCUAUGAAAAUGGUAGAUUUAAAAAAGCAUCCGGAUGCUGUGCUAUCCGUGCGAAAAGAAGUUUGCAUACAAAAAAUUCUCCAGGAUCCUCACAUUUUGCGUUAUUUUGGCAAACGUUCGCAAGGUGAUAUCGAAUAUAUAUUUUUGGAGUAUGCUGCUGGUGGUGAACUCUUUGAUCGAAUUGAGCCUGAUAUCGGUAUGCCACAGCAUGAAGCGCAAAGGUAUUUCACACAACUACUAUCUGGGGUGCAGUAUUUGCAUUCGAGAGGCGUUGCCCAUCGUGACCUGAAACCAGAGAAUUUACUCCUGGACGAACAUGACAACAUCAAGAUCUCAGACUUUGGAAUGGCGACCAUGUUUAGAAUGAAAGGUAAAGAACGACUAUUGGACAAACGCUGUGGAACUCUGCCGUAUGUUGCUCCUGAGGUGCUGGUCAAACCGUAUCAUGCACAGCCGGCAGAUAUUUGGUCGUGUGGUGUUAUCCUUGUCACAAUGUUGGCUGGUGAACUUCCUUGGGACCAACCUUCGGCCAAUUGUCAGGAAUUCGUCAAUUGGAAAGAAAACGACCAAUGGACAACAAAAACACCGUGGAGUAAAUUAGACACACUAGCUAUAUCACUGCUACGCAAGGUAUUAGCCGUCCAACCCGCCCACAGAAUAAAUCUAGACAAAAUUUUGGAUCACAAAUGGUGUAAUAUGCAAUUUAUUGAUUGUGAUUUGAAAUCGCACGAUGUAACUGACGGCGAUCUGCGCUCACCAAAGUCCAAGCGACAGUGUUCCAGUUCAGACUUCUCACAUCCUUUCGACGAUUCGAUAUCGCGAGUUUAUUGCUCUCAGCCAAUGCCGACCAUGAGAAACGAUGUAGAGGCUGACAUAGCGGCGGGUUGUGGUGGAAUAAACCGAAGUACAAACAACAAUUCCGCCUUCGAAGCCCGCAAUGGAUUCUGUUUCUCACAACCGGCCUUGCUGGAUGAUCUAAUUUUAUGCACACAAAUGAAUCAGACACAAUCGGCGAGCCAAAAUGUAUUCCAAAGACUAGUGCGACGUAUGACAAGGUUCUUCGUGACCACACAAUGGGACGAUACAAUUCGAAGGCUGUUCACGACACUCGACAAACUUGGUUAUACCCGGAAAAUCAAUGAUGAUAGUGUAGUGACAAUAUCGACGACCGAUAGGCGAAAAUUGCGCCUGGUGUUCAAAGCGCACAUCAUCGAGAUGGAUGGAAAGAUUUUGUUGGACUUCCGUUUGUCCAAAGGAUGUGGUUUGGAAUUUAAGAGACGAUUUAUUAAAAUCAAACAAAUUCUGGAGGAUAUUGUGCUGAAGGGGCCGACGACGUGGCCAAUCGCGAUAGCAACUAACUCUGUGCCUUAGGUUGUGUUUUUAUUUUAUUUUUUUAAAUAAUUUAAUGUUAAGUUUCUCAUAAAACAAAACACCAUAACAUGUAUUAUGUUUACAAAUACGUUUUUUUCUCGAUUUACGUUUAUUUUUAUUCUCUCUGUUUUUUUUUUUUAUGAAGAAGAAGAGUAAUGUUUUAGUAAUAGGAAAAUAAAAUAUAAUAUUUGUAAUCAAAAAA